CCGAACACGAAGUUUUGUGGCAAGGUUUCUUCCCCUCGCAGCACAUCCAAUGUUCCUCUCUCGAUUCUCAAAGCAGCUUGCCGUCACCUAAAGUGAUAGAAGUCCGUAAAUCUCAAGAUUUUGAGUUCAGGUGGUACAGAGUGGCAGAAAGCAUUGGGUUUGAGUGCCUACCAGUGUAAAAUUCCAGUGGAGUAUGGCGCGUUGGAAUGUUACGAACGUUGAGAAGGAGUGAGAGAAAUAUUGAAAAAGGUCCUUUAUCUCUCUGUAUCCUCUCCAUUCGUUUCUCAUUCAAACGCUCCCAAUACAUCAAAGUUAAGGUCACGACUUCCAAAAUGCACUUCACCUUCUUCUCUCUCCUAAGCACUUGCUUCCUCCUCCUCCUUCAACUCACAGCUACCCGCGCUUCCUCUCCAACCUCUAUAAACAACAAAACCCCAACACCAACCUACCCCUUCACUCUCGCCGCCUUCUACUCCCCCUACCCACCCGGCUCCAACGCAACCGGUUCCUAUGGUGUGAGCGGGAUCUGCGUCCGCGCAUUCGGCGGCUCCUUCUGGGUCAACUCUCAGAACCAGAAACCCGCUACUAGUUGCGGAGAUUUGAGAGGGAAGGCUUGUCCAGCCGGGAACGAGACGGUGCUUUUCGUGGAUGCGUUUGGGCAGGCUUGGUUGGAUUCUGCGGAGCCGCAACAAGUGUACCUCGAUACUCGAACCGGCGUCUUGAGUUAUGUGACUUCGGUCUCUUCUCCUGCGAAUACGAUGAGUUCUGGGGCGUUGGUAUUGAACUUUCUGCAUCUGGGUCAGGGAACUACCGUUGCGGUUCCGAUCCCUGGUGAGCCGGGCUAUUAUAACACUGGACCUGGUUCUUUUAAUUGGGGUGGAAGUGAUAAUAGCUAUUGGUUUCUGUGUCCUAGACCGGGACCGGGAUAUCAGGUUAUGAAGUAUGUUGGAGGGAAUGAGAAUUGGAAUUUGUGCUUGAGUGGAAUUCAGUUGGUUGCUUUGGAUUGGGCGGGAAGUGGACCCGCUGCUGGGGAGUAUCUUUGAAAUGUGAAAGGGGGAAUCGUGGGAUUGGAUGAAUGAGUAAUGAUGGGAGAGAUGAUGUGAUGACUAUGAGAAGCUUUUUGUGAUAUCCGAGGACAAAUUGAUUUUUGACAAUG